UUCGUCUGACUUGGUAGCCUGGGGCGAGCCAGACAUGAGCCUUCAGUGGAUUUCUAAAAGAUAAACAGACAAUUAGGACAAUAUUUUAAUCAAUUCCUCGUGAUUAAGAAUAUAUAUAGAUUACUGUAUAUUCCCUAUUCACACGCGUUACAUUGUUAAUCCGAGUAUGCGCACUGAACGCCUCCAUUGUCUACCAGAAGCAAGGAGUGAGAGCGAGCGCGCGGAUAUGAGAAUGCAGGGGAGCGGCAUACAUUGACCCAAAUCUCCGGGAACCGGAGAACAAGCGGACCCGGACACACGUAUGUCGUUGGAAAGACAGACUGGCAGACAGACAGCAACAGUUGUCAUGGAUAUGGUUAUGAUCAGCUGAACCAGUCUUCAAGACAAAAAUAAUAACAUUAAAGGGGGGUAGCCUAGCCUACUGCAGGGAAGCGCAACUGUCGGAACCGUUGUUGCGCUUUGUGCUUGUCAUCAUCCCUGUUGUGAUUUGGAGCAGGCUGUCCUGUCAUUCGUUGUGAGGGGGAAACGUUUUGCGUUUUGCUUAUCUUCAUCAAAGGGAGUUGUUUUUCUGUCAUUCAUUUGACAUCAUCCUCCUAUAAAUGGUCGUUUUUCUCUGUUGAGCUGAAUCAAAACAUUCGAGUCGCUCAUGUUCCAGUCAGGGAAAUGGGCUGUUGCGUCUGUUAUACACAGCUGCUGUAGUCAGACUUGACAACCGGGAUUUUUUAAAGCUGCCGUUUUGUCCCUGGCAAGAGGCGAUCAAGUGCACUGCAGACAGGCGUGUCGGGGGCGAUUCCAGUGACGGCUCUCGACUCUCUGCGGGAGCCCCGUUUCAACAGCCCCCACCCAAUUUUAUCGGGCGAUUUGGAUGGGGGGCAAGCAGAGUACGGCAGGGCGGCCCCGGGGUGCUUUUCACGGUGUCUCGGCUGAUGACAGCGCAGUGGCACCCUCGGCCCACUUUGGGCACUACCGACCAAGUGGCACUAUGGGGUUACGCAGUCGCUCAGUGAGUUCUGUGGCUGGGAUGGGCAUAGAACAUAGUCCUACGGUGCCCUUUGGUUUUUAUACCCCCAGAGGAACAGACUCGGACAGGGCUGGAGGGGGGUCUGGCACUAACGCCGCCCAUGGUAAUGGCUACCAGGAAACGGGCAGCGGGCAUCACACGGAUGGUAUGCUCUAUCUGGGCUCCCGAGGGUCGUUGGCAGACACCUUGCCCCUGCACAUUGCACCCCGGUGGUUUAGCGCCCACAGUGGGUUCAAGUGUCCUGUCUGCUCCAAGUCUGUGGCGUCUAAUGAGAUGGAGGUGCACUUCAUCAUGUGUCUAAGCAAGCCCCGCCUGUCCUACAACGAUGACGUGCUGGCCAGGGAUGCCGGGGAGUGUGUAAUCUGUCUGGAGGAGCUGCAGCAAGGAAACACCAUCGCCAGACUGCCGUGCCUCUGCAUCUACCACAAAAGCUGUAUAGACUCCUGGUUUGAGAUCAAUCGUUCCUGCCCUGAGCAUCCUUCAGACUGACUGACCUCUGUGCUCCUACUCCUACUGUUCAAGGACACUUUAUGUUCCUAUCAUGGAUAUCUGGACACUGAAGUAACCAAAAAAACUAAACAAUCAAAACAACCUAUCUAUCAAUUGAUCUAUCAAUCUAUACUUUCACUUCCACAUGCAUAAAAGAGUGCCCCUCCUCCCUGCCACCUCCCCCCUAGCCCUAAAGGCUGCUAACUGCCAGUCCCUAUGUUGGCCCAACUAGGCUGACCAUCCCUCCAGGCCAACUGCCUCACCAGGCUGCUUGGCCCCCAGCCAGCCAGUCACCACGCCACAUGGCCUGGUCCUCUCUGGGCUCCUCCGGGGGUCUGGCCCUUGCUCUGCUCUGCCUUCCAUUUUGCCUCCUGAGUUUGGCCCUGCCUGGCUCCAUAUCAUUCAUCUGGAUCCAGCCAUCUCAUGGCCUUCAUCAGGAAGAGACAGAGGAGGAUAAUGAAGAUAAAGAUGAAGAAUAGGGCUGAAUGAACCCUGUGUGCCAGGGCAGGGUAGACUCCCAGGACGUUGUCUGGUAAUGCAACAAAAGGCUUUCCUCCAAUCCCCAGAGUUACAGCACCCACCCACCCAAUCAUUAGUUGAAGAGACAUGCACUUGUCUUAGUCUUUACUUUGAGGUGGAGCAGCGAUGUGUGAAGUGCAACAUUGGUGUGGCAGGCAGGGUCUGUCUAUGUAGGUUUCUGUUUGGGUUGUGUGUGUGUGUGUGUGUGUGUGUGUGUGUGUGUGUGUGUGUGUGUGUGUGUGUGUGUGUGUGUGUGUGUGUGUGUGUGUGUGUGUGUGUGUGUGUGUGUGUGUGUGUGUGUGUGUGUGUGUGUGUGUGUGUGUGUGUGUGUGUGUGUGUGUGUGUGUGUGUGUGUGUGUGUGGAGGGGUGUAGACAAUGCUUCUAUAUGUGUCGGGCAGUGAAAAUAUCAGUCAGACUACACUUGUUCUGUGUGCGUUAGUGUGUGGAGGGGUACGUAGUUUAUGCUUGGUGGUGGGUGAAUGUGUGUGAGUGUGCUUAUGUGUCGUGGAGGACUGUUGGGGGUCGUUGGUUUAUGUCUUUCUAUGUUCUGGGGCUGUGAGGAUGACGUCCGUAAGCAUACAUGUGGUGUGGUUGAGGUUGGGGUGAUGAUGCAGCCAUCUCUGUAGUGUGAGAGCCUGAUUUGCUAAAGGGUCAAAUAGAAGUCUGAGACAAUACUAUGUGUUGGUCUGUGUUUGAAAUGUUUACAAUUUAGAUGUCCAUUUUCCCUGUGUGAAUGUGGUAUCGCUCCCUUUAUUUUGCUAAUGUUUACAGUUACAUAAAAUCGACAUGACAUACAAACUCUUUCUCCUUGUUUUUGUCCACCAGGUUUUUGCUGCGAUCGGGAAACGCUGACCAGAAUUAGUAAUUUCCCUGUAAGGGCCUUGAGUGUGUUCAUGUGUGUGUAUGUGUGAUGCCUCUUGGUCUAAGCUACUGUCUGUGCCCCACAUGUUGUCUGAUGAAAUAGGUCAGGUCCUCUCUGGUUGUGUUGGCUGAUGUGACUUAAUGUAAUGGACGUAUUAAAGACCUAAAUGACAGUCACAUCGUGGAGCUAUUCCGGGGUUAUAACUUAUUUAUUCACAUUUAACAAGAUUUGUUUUCGCAAAUCUGUCAGAGAACAUACAUUACUCUUCAGAAUGCCUCUAGUGUAUAAAGAAUAACAGAAUGAUUAUUCUGGAAGAAAACAACGAACAUAGCUCAACAAAUGGGUGAAUAUUUUUUCAAUUUCUGUAGGGUGAAAAUGUAGAGAAUAUAGUACCUGUGAGGCCACUAUAAACAAUUCAUUAGCAAGCAGACAACCACCAAGCUUCAACUGAACAAGGAACACAGGGAAGACAGACUACUAGUCAGUUAUGAUAGAGUAUACUAUACAUAUUCAUGUCUCCUGCUAACUGUAUCCCUGCCCGACUCUGCUAAAGGGCCAUAUACCUUGAUUUGAUUGAAUGUUUUGAGAUGACUUCUUUUCCAAGGAUGUGAAUGGGUGCCUGAUUUGGAGGUACCAACUAACUGUUUGAUGAUUUUGAUGUGCAAUCUGUGGGAUGAAUACUGAUAAUGAUAUAUACACAGUACCAGUCAAAUGUUUGGACACAGCAACUCCUUCAAGGGUUUUUCUUUAUUUGUACUAUUUUCUACACUGUAGAAUAAUAGUGAAGAUGUCAAAAUCUUCAAAUAACACAC